AUGGACAUAAACGAAGCACAAAUAACAUUCAAUAAUUAUUUUCCUCGCGGCGAUGUAAAUAGCAUUAUAAUAAGAGAGAUUAAAAAAGAAAUAAAAGAAGUUGAGAAAGUUGCUAAUUUAGAGGAUAAACAUAGAGUGCUUUUUGGUUUAAAAAAUAAACACGAAUCUAAUCUCAACACUUUAACUGAAAGGAUAGAGGAAGAAACUCGAAAUAAACUUGAUAAAAUCAAAUCUCAAACCCAAAAAGAACAACAACAAAAGGACUAUCAAUUAAAAUCUUCCCGAUGCUCUUACUGCAAAUCUAAACCCCCAACUAUUCACUACAUUUACAGCACCAAAUCUAAGGAACUAAAAUCUAGAAAAAGAAGCGCUGACCCUUAUAAAAAAGAGUAUUUAUUUUGUUCAGAAGCACACUUUGAAAAAUGA